GCUGUGGACCGAUCGCGAUUGUUUCAACAAUUGCAACCGCUAGCUAGAUUGCACUCCAUUGUUGGCUGUUGUUAUGCAUUGUUGUUGCAGUUGAAAUUUUUUUACAGUGCAGUGAUUUUUUUAAAAAUCGGUUGCGAUUUUUUUACAAUUUUUAGUUGUGGUACGUUUAGUGCAGUGGUUGAUUUCUCGACAAUUAUUUCAGAAGACCGACAGCCGCUUAAAUUUAAAAACACCAACAAAUCUAAAUAGAAAUACGAAAAGGAAACGAUGAAGACGCGCUAACUACUGACUCUCGAAACCGUUCAGAUCCCUCGAGCUCCUUCAAGUGUCGCCCGCCCAGCAGCCCUCAAGUUCAGUCAAUGUUCCUAAAGAGAUAGCAAGAGGACCUCCGGUCUGCGUGGUGCGUGUCCAUUGGCGUAGUUGAAACGGCUUAAUCAUUGGCGUAGAGAUUGCACCUUCGCUUUGCCCGAUGGGGGGCGAUACCUCCCCCGAGCAGCAGUACUCGCUGCGUUGGAAUGAUUUCCAUUCGUCGAUUCUUUCGUCGUUUCGACACUUGAGGGAUGAAGAAGACUUCGUCGAUGUGACAUUGGCCUGUGAUGGAUGUUCGUUUACAGCACACAAAGUUGUGCUGUCGGCGUGUAGUCCCUACUUUAGGAGGUUGCUCAAAGCCAAUCCCUGUCAACAUCCCAUCGUCAUCCUCAGGGACGUACAGCAAAAAGACAUGGAAAGUCUGUUACGAUUUAUGUACAACGGAGAAGUUCACAUAGGACAAGAACAAUUAACGGAUUUUUUAAAGACUGCACAAAUGUUACAAGUGAGGGGAUUAGCCGACGUACCGGCGGGUACUGCAGGACAAAGACUGACUGCUCCAGAGCAAAAGAUCUCACCUAAUUCUUCAUCUUUACCGUGGGCGACGGACCGAUCAGAUGCUCUCCGUGAGGGUGCUUUAUCGCCGCCCCCAGCUAAAAGGUCCAGGAGUUCGGAGCGAGGGACUUACACUCCCGAUAGGGGGCGAAGUCCUUCUAGGGGAAACGGCGACAUGCAGGAAUCUCUCCUCGGACAAGCCUUGGAAGGCGGCCCCACGAUACUCACUAAAGAGAAGGGAAAUUCGGAUUCGUCGUUGCAAGCACAAUCCACUGGCGAGGACAGCAACAGCAGCGAUACGGCGAUGAGCGAUCAUGGAGACCCUGUAACCCCAAAGACUGAACCUUCCGAUUACCCCAUGUUAGACGAUCAUCAUCCUUUCAAUACCAAUGGUGGGCUAAUUGAUCAGACGCGGACUCCGACAUUUCCAGGCGCGUUGUUAGGUCUACAAGGAUUAGGAGGACUUAUGCCAGGACCCUCAGGGAUCCAUAAUAGUACGGACAAUUUCGUUUCAAGACGUUCUUUGGACAUGAUGAGAGUCAGAGCGACAGACCCAAGACCGUGUCCAAAGUGCGGCAAAAUCUACCGAUCUGCUCACACAUUACGAACUCAUUUAGAAGAUAAACAUACGAUAUGUCCUGGUUAUAGAUGUGUUUUAUGUGGAACAGUUGCAAAAUCGAGAAAUUCGCUACAUUCACAUAUGUCUCGCCAACAUAGAGGAAUAAGUACAAAAGACCUGCCUGUUCUACCAAUGCCCGCACCAUUCGAUCCGGAACUUGCCAGCAGGUUGUUGGCAAAGGCCGGCGUGAAAAUAAGCCCCGCGGAGCUGCGAGCGCGCGCGUCUCCGACGGGUCCGCGACGGUCCGACGUGAAGUUGGACGCGAAAAGCGCGUACUCUGGCGCGGCCUCGGAGGCCGGUAGCUCGAUAUGCGGCGACAACGACCCCGAAGACCUGACAAUCUCGCACCAAAGGUAUGGAGGGCUAGAUUUAGCGCUGUCCCCGCCGUCGCACUACCCGAACUCUAACUUUAGGUUUAACUCGACGGGUCAGGCGGUGGCCGCCAAAAGCGUUGACUCUCUAGCCCACAACCUGUCGAAGGAGCCGUACCCCGCGCCGCUGCCCCCGCCCGURUCCGGCGCGAACUCCACGGGGUCGGCCAUUCUAGACACUUAUCUGCAGUUCAUCACAGAGAACAGCCUCGGCAUGGGGAUGAUGUCGUCUGAGCAGGCGGCGGCGGCUGUGCAUGCCGCCAAGCUGGCGCAGCUUAACGCCAUGGGGCUGGACAAGGCCUCGCAGCAGCACUUCCUCGAGAAGAUGCAGCAGCAGAUGCAGAGCGCCAAUGAACUUAUGAUGAAACGGAAUGACGAGAUCAGGCGAGGUGACGCCGAGAUGGUUAAUCACGAAAGAGAGCGAGAAAAGGAGAAUGAUGAGGGGGAGUCCUCGGGGGGCGAAGAGGAGGAUUACAGUGAGGACGAAGCGGAACCGGAAGCGGUCAAAGCAGGGGAAUAGUUGUACAUAGGAUGGAAGAAUGAAAUUUGAAAAAUGCUAGAAUAAGUUUGUUAAGGAAUCAGUCGCCGCCACUCUUGCCAAGUAUCAUCCAAGUUAAUACUCAUUUAUUCCAUCCAACUACCUCAGUUUUUAUCUCAUAGAAUAUUUAUUGAUUACAUUUCCUUUUAUAGUGGAGGAACGGUGGCUCCACCCCUUCUACUAUAAUGAUACUAAAAAUUCCAUCCGUCUACCUCAAAGAUAGUAUAGGUUACGAGUGCAAGAUAAUAAGGGUUUUCAAGUGUAUACGGUAUCUUUAGACAUAGUUGAAAAAAUUUAUAUUGGACUACGUUGCAGUUAUAAAAUAACUUAAAAAUCGGUGUUUCAGUAGGCUGUUGUGUAGGUUUGUACUGCAUUAGAAGUAUCUUGCCGGGUUGUUCCUUGAUUAUUUUCGCAACGGGUCCGUACAUUUCAGAUUCAAGCACGCAAACUCAGAUUUAACAAAAUGUUUUAAUCCAAUUACCUCAAACUCAGGUCGGAUCGAUAUCAGGAUAGAAUUUUACCGGUUCCUAUAUAAACUACUACACAAAACAGUACUUCCAUAAUAGCAUUUCGUCAAGUCUGAGCCCGAGUGCUCUAACCAUGGUCCACGUGUAAACAUGUUUAAUAGUGUGUAUUUUGAAUAUUUUCAAAGAUUACGUACUUGAAUUAUUAAAUGUGUUUAUCGCAACAUGUAUACAUUCAAUUCAGGUGAAAAUGGUACAAAGCGUUUUUGCCUUUACAUCAAUAUUUUUGUACGUAACUUUAAAGAAGAAAUACUGAAAUGUUACAACUUUUUGAGAUUUUACUUUAUUUUAUAGAAUGCUUCCACAUAUGUUCGUAUGCUUCCCGUUAUAAGCAAUUCGUAGCUAUAUAACAAUCAAAUUGUACUAUUAGACAAAACAUACACUUGUAUGUUAAUUCAUAUUCAUCUCUCAGGACGCUCCAAUAUCAUUCUACCGAAGUACAAAUUCCCGUAUCACGUUUACAAGUUUUGUUAAUUUUUUUAUAAUUUUUUGACAAACGAUUCUCACAUUUUCAGGGAUUUUCUCAGAUUCUUGCCAACAAGUAUCAGUAUCAAAUUAUUUUUACAUUCUUAAUUAGUCAUAAUCAGUGAUAAUUCGUCAGGUAAAUAAUAGCAAAUAAUCAGGUAUCAUCAAGUCAUUUAUUAGAAAUAUUCAUAGAUUCAUUGUAUCAUCAGUCACUAGGUUAAGUGGAGAUAGUGCUUCUUUAUUAGAAUUUAAACUUCCAUUUCAACUUCCCCAGAACUCGUUGUUCCACCCACUAGUAAGCUUACAAAACAAUUGCAUAACAGGCAUCGCGGUCUCGUCACUUACUAAGUAGUUCUUCCAUUUAUUUAUAUACUGUUGCAAUAGUUAUAUACUCGUAUUAUUUACAUAUAAGUAUUUUUUCUUAAUUUUUUUUAAUUCGUAAUUUUGACUCAGAAGUACUUAUUUUUAUACCUCGCAUAUUCAUGCUUGUCGCUAUAAGCCAAGUUCAAUUGGUAGUUCGUUGUUUCCCGGUGGUAAUCAUUGUUAAAUGUUCAUAGAAAGUAUUUGCUUACGUUCAAGACAAAGCAUAGGAAUAGAAUAAGAACUAGAAUAGCGAUAGCACUCGAAUAGAGGUCAUUGUUAAUUAUUGAAUAAGAUUAACUAGCAUAGAACAUAUUGUUAAAUGCAAAUACUUCGAUGUAUACCAAUAGGAGGAAGCACCUUCGAGUUUUGUUCUUAAAUGGCUUGCAUAUUCGGUACCAGUGAAAAACCCAUCGCUUUAACUUGUGAGUAUGCCGUACUACACUCGAUGAUGGCAACGAUUUAAGAGCAAAACGGAUAUGUUUAAGCAAAUAUGAGCUUGAAUACUGUUCCUUCCAUGAUUAGACUUGACAAAACGAAGGAACAAAAUAUUUUUAUGGUGCUUUUUGUUUCGAGAGAUAACAAUAUUGAUUUUGAGGUAUGUUAUUGUAUAUAGUCUCAUAUUUCUUGUUAACACGUAAACUUACGUGACGUUUCAAUUUUAAAACUAGCAUACUGUAUAUAUUUUUAUUUUCUCUAAUACCAAUAAAAUGCAAAUAAUUAUUAUUAGGUCUGUUCGGAUAAGAGACCCGCCAAAUUUCUGCAGUUAAAAUCGAAUUUAUUUGCGUUUUUAAUGUCAGGUAUUUGUUAGAUACUCAAUAGCUGCAGGAUGAGGGGUGUUGACGAUGUCUCAUUAUUUUAACGCUGUUGUGAUGUAGUAUUAUUUUGAUAUUGUUGUUUUUUCACGUUACCUACCUCAUUUUUAUAAUGAUUAGUGAGACUUACCUCACCUUGACACGUAUUAAAAACUCAGAAAUGACAUUGCAGAUCUCUCUCCAAUAAUACUGGUAUUUUUUGUACUUAAAAAAGAAACAAAAUAUCAAAAAAAUAUUUUUUAGUUUUAAGCUUAGACAUGUACAUACAAGUUGUUUUAUAGAAUUUGCAAGAAAUGAUAUUAAGUAUUUGUGAGAAAUCCUUACGGGACUUAUGGCGAGCUUAUAUAAGUGUGCAGUGCCAUAUAUUAGAAGAAAAUCUUUUUGCAACUUCUUGUGCGCAAUAAAUUGCAAAAAGCUUUGUGUUUUAUAUAUAGGACUCUACAGCAGUCGUUAAGAAAUGCAAAUAAACCGGAGUAAUGGUUCCUAAUUUAGUACGGUUCCUCAACAAUAGUUUUUAUGAACAAUAGUGAACAAGCCUUCUGAUAGUCCCGUAUUUCCUACUCACAGUUUUUCUUUCGUUGAGUUUUCAUUUAUUUUAAUGUUGUAUUAUUACUAUGUAGAGUGGAAUAUUGUGUAAAAUGUGUUUAUUGUUGAGGGACUGGGUGCCUUCAGAAAAUAAUUUACCAGCUGAUCGUUAGAAACAUCUAGCGAUAUUAAGCUGAACAGAGUUCCUAACAUAACUCCCUUUACGAGAGGUGAAAAUACAUUUAAAAACAAAUAACUUGUAACUUUUAUAUAGCGUAGUGAACCGUUGACACCGAAAUAUAGUUUUGCUAAACGGCAGAAUCGUAUAUACACUAUAUUAUUAUAUAAAAUAGGUGUAUGUGUAAGAGUAUAUAAACUGAUAGGUAUACCUAAAAUACCCCCGUGUCCUUUUCAUUAUUUGCAUUUCUUUUUUUACUAUUAUUUAUGUUUGUACUUAAACGGAAGAUGUGAAAAUAUUUUAUUUUUGAGAUUUUUAUCGUUAUUUGUAACGUUCUCUUUGUUUGUAAUUAAAAUGUUCCUAAUAUUUAAGUUAGGGUUAUGUUAAGUUUUUAUUGUCCUUGUUUAAUUAGAGGUAGGUGCAAUAAGAUCAACACAAUUAGUGACGUUAUAAAUAAAUACCUAUUUGCCAUAUUAUUAUUAUUCUAUUAUUAAUACGUUGUGUAUUGCUUGGGUAUCAUUUAUACAUUAUAAAUUAAUAUUAAAAA